ACCGACUAGAGAUCCAAAUUGCGCCCCGAGACCCGGAUCCAAGCUAUCCGGACCUCGCUGAGACAUCGGAGAAGGGUUGUCCUGUAAAUCUUGGCGGGUUUCCAAAAAGCCACCAAAACAAAACACCCACCGUCCUUGGGCUUCCGCCGCUGCGCCUCGCGUCGCCUCGCCUCACCGUCGUCGUCGUCGUCUAGUUCGUGGGAGGAGAAGAAGGAGAAGAAGCUUUGACAAUAUGGGAGAAACAGUGGUCGAGGAGUCGGAGGAGUUGGCGACACCAGGAGACGUUCUGGGAAGAGCGGCGGAAGUCAAACCGGGACGAGGCGCCUACCUGGCGUCCCAUAAUAACCUCGUCUACGCCUCCCUAACUGGACGCGUCCGCACUGUAGCUCCCCCACCCGGUUCGCCCGACAAGAGGCCGACCGUGGAAGUGAUUGGCCACAAAGCCCAUGGUGCAGUUCCAGAGCCAGGUUCUGUUGUUAUUGCACGAGUGACUAAAGUGUUGAGUAGGAUGGCAUCAGCUGACAUACUUUGUGUUGGUCCAAAGUCCGUCAGGGAAAAGUUCACAGGAAUAAUUCGGCAACAAGAUGUUAGAGCGACUGAGAUUGACAAAGUGGAUAUGCACUCAUCUUUUCUGCCAGGUGACAUUGUCAGAGCUAUUGUCCUGUCCCUUGGAGAUGCACGAGCUUAUUAUUUGUCAACUGCGAAGAAUGAACUUGGUGUUGUAUCGGCAGAGAGUACAGCAGGUGCAACAAUGGUCCCGGUAAGCUGGACAGAAAUGCAGUGUCCUUUAACUGGUCAAAACGAGAAAAGAAAGGUCGCAAAAGUCGGCAGCUGACGGAUUCUUAUACUAGGAGCUAAACUGAUGGCUGAUGCAAUAUUGCAGGGAAGGUUUGCCGUUGGCGAGGCUCGGGUCAAAGUGAUGGCCAAAUAGAUAUCGGCUGCUUUGCUGGGCAACGGCCGCGAAGCCGCCACAGCAGCGUAAAACGGAUCCAGUUCCAAGCACGUAUCGUGUCAACCAUUACGUGUAUUUUGAUCUCAGGGAAAUGAAAGAGAAAAAGGCAAAAACAGGUGGGAUUGAGAACCUCAGAUUUUGCAGAGGCUCGAUUGAGAUUAAUGAGGAAAAUUAGAUGCUUAUCUUUUGAACUAUCUGUUAAUGACUCGGUUGUGGUUGUUAAACUACUGCAAAUCAGAUUGUUGACCUUGUAAUUAAA